UGGAAAAAAAUAAGUAUUAGAAAGUGAUGGCGAAUAUUUCGAAGUGUAGUGUUAGUAGUACGAGAAGACAUAAAUAUAUAAGAUAAUGAAGGGGUAAAGGGUUGGGCCUGGUAAAAAGCAGCGAAAAAAAACAACAGAAGAACGAUUGCGGAUGAACCUCUACUAUGAGCGGUUAAGUUCAUACUUUGAAGUUAAGGCCCUUGCGCAAUACAGGGGAUAGGCGAAAUUCGGAAAUUUUGUCGCUAUUGCCUGUUUCGUUUUCCAUUCUGCAUUGGCAUAUGCAUUUUCUAGUGUUGAAAUUCUCUAUUUCUAUUGCUGUGGUAUCGCUAUCGCUAUCGCCCAUUGUGCAAGGGCCUUUACUUUAGGCUCGUCUUAAGUUUAGUCUUAAUAAAGCUUUCUGAGAUUGACUGAUAUAUUAAAUUUGAAUAUAUAAGAUCGGAUUAUACAGAUAUUACAGAUAUUACAGAUAAAACAUACAUUACAUACAGAUAAAAAACUGAUAGCCAAUUCAAUAGAUUGAAACUAUGCGGUAUUAUAUACUAUUCCAUAAGAGAGACGCAUAUAAUAAGUUACUAAAUAAUAGAAAUAAAAUCAAGUAUAGUCAAUUGUUCAAAAACAGAAUUACAUCUGUAAAUGAUAUUUCGCAUUUUUUCAGAGCUGUUUGGUUCAGCUGAAUCGGUACCUUGACGACAAGAGCAGAUGAAAAGCGUUUCCGCCUGAGGGUGCUUGUGCAGCGCUCUUUUGCUCUUUUCAAUAAUAGCCGCCAAUUGCCGCGUGGAAGCCGUGUGAGGAGCACGAGUCGUGUCACGAUGCAUCGAGUUACGCUUGCAUUUUUAUGCGUUCUAUGUUGUUCCGCAUCCUGCCUCGCCUUCACGUUCGCAGAUUGCGGUAAGUAGGUGUAUUAACUAAAGAGCUUUUUUAAUCUUAUCUCUGAGAAUAGUUACUGAAUUUAGAAAAUUGUCUCCUAGAGUAAUUUCAUAGAGUUUUAAAAUCUGACCGAACAAAAAAAGGUUUGGAGAUCUUGUCGUAAUAAAGUCAUGCGCACUUAAGGAAGGAAUUGUACGAAUUGAAGGAAAUUAAAAAUGUGAAUGUAACACGCAAUUGUUUUUAUUUUGAUUAUUAUUUGCUACCAAGAAAGCAAAUCUCUCGUUAUAAGGUUACAAAAUUUUUAUUUAUUGAAUUUGUGAUAUUGCGAUUUAUUUUUGUGUCAUGACGUUGCAUCUUAUUUCCUUUAAUUUGUUCAAUUCCGAUUAUGUACUAUCAAUAUCAAUGUUAUUCGUGUAUUAUCGUUCAAGAUAACAAUAUAACAAAGGAUGACAAAGUUCGAUGUACGUUGGUUUCGAUACUGAGAAUUGCUAAUCUAUUCAAAGAAAGUUUUAUUCAAUUUUCUCACUGGCAAUGUUUUUGGAUUUUUAUAAAAUUUUUGCGAAAAAUUAUCAUGCAAAGUAUUUUAUUUUGUUGAAUCUGGUACGAUUUCCAUUCGGUUUUUUAGGUUCAACGUUGGGCAAAUUCACGGAAGUGUCGGUCUCAGGAUGUCAAACAUCGGAUGAAAAAUGUGCUUUAGUGCGCGGCACUAAUGCAUCCAUUUCUAUCGCGUUCACGCCGAGUAAGCACAAGAGACAGCACGUUUCAUGCUUGUUUAUAUAUAUAAAUUCAAUAUUAUUAUUAUUAAUAGUAUUAAUGAUGCAUUUUUUUACAGAUACCGACAUCACGCAAGUGAACGCACGUGUGUACGGCGUGUUGAUCGACAUUCCUGUACCUUUUCCAUUAGAUAAGCCCGACGCGUGUAAGGAUCCUGAUGAUGGAAUCAGCUGUCCUUUGCAUAAGAAUCAGGAGUAUCAUUACAGAACUAGCAUAUUUGUCCAGAACAAAUUCCCCAAGGUAAGCGUGGAUAUCAAGUGGGAGCUCGUGAACGAAAAGAAUGAGAAUAUAGUGUGCAUAGAGUUUCCAGCGAAAAUUAAGUAACACGAAACACAACUGCUUCAACAAUUGAACGAUAAGAGAUAAUCGUAUUAAAAACAGCAUUUUAAUUUCAACCUUUGGAUAAAACAAUACUCGAAGAAACCUUUGUUACAUUGUUAGAGUAUUAAAAGGAAAAUAAACAGCGACAAAGCGAAAAGGA